AUGAAGAGACAGAACCAAAGCAUCAUCACCGAGUUCAUCCUUCUAGGCUUCUCAAACCUGGGGGAUCUUCAGAUCCUUCUCUUCUUUAUCUUCCUGUUGGUCUACGUGACCACCUUGAUGGCCAAUGCCACCAUCAUGACUGUCAUUCGCUUGGACCGAGCUUUGCACACCCCCAUGUACUUCUUCCUUUUUGUCCUCUCCUGCUCUGAAACCUGUUAUACUUUAGUCAUUGUCCCCAAAAUGCUGACCAACCUGCUUUCCACAAAUCCAGCAAUUUCUUUCUCUGGGUGUGCUGCCCAGCUGUAUUUUUUUGUGGGUUUGGCAUGCACUAAUUGCUUUCUCAUUGCUGUGAUGGGCUAUGAUCGCUAUGUUGCCAUCUGCAACCCUCUCAACUACACACUCAUCGUCAGUAGAACCACCUGCAUGCAGCUGGUUCUAGCCUCCAGCUUCUGCGGUUUCCUGAUCUCCGUGGUUGUCAAUGUCCUGGUGUUCAGUGUACCCUUCUGUGCCUCCAAUCGGGUCAACCACUUUUUCUGUGACAUUUCCCCUGUUAUCAAACUGGGCUGUACAGACACCAACCUGAAGGAAAUGGUCAUUUUCUUCCUCAGUAUCCUAGUGUUACUGGUUCCCUUUGUGCUUAUCUUCAUCUCCUAUGUCUUCAUUGUUUCCACAAUCCUCAAGAUCUCCUCCGUGGAAGGGCAGAAGAAGGCGUUUGCCACCUGUGCUUCCCACCUCACAGUGGUCAUUGUCCACUAUGGCUGUGCCUCUUUUAUCUACUUGAGACCCACAUCUCUGUAUUCCUCAGACAAGGACCGGCUGGUGGCAGUGACCUAUACAGUGAUUACCCCACUCCUCAACCCCCUGGUGUACACCCUGAGAAAUAAAGAGGUGAAGACAGCUCUGAGGAAGGUCCUGUACAGAUACUCAUUUUCCAAAACUGGAUGA